CGACUUAGCUGGUCUUUAACGACCGACUGUCAACAAUGGAGGAAGCCAACACUCGACAGGUUUCCGUGGAAGGAUACGACACAAAAUGCAUUUUUUGCAAGAUUGUCAACAACGAAAUGGGCACGGAACUUCUCCACUGUGAUGAAGAGAUUUCAUGUUUUCGAGACAUCAAACCUGGAGCUCCGCACCAUUACCUGGUGGUUCCUACUAAACAUGUUGGCAACUGCAAAUCACUCAGCAAAGAACAUGUGCCUUUAGUAAGACGCAUGGUGGAGUUAGGAAAGGAGACCCUGCAGAAGAACAAUGUGACAGAUCUCAGUGACGUCAGGUUUGGUUUCCAUUGGCCCCCAUUCUGUUCAGUCACACAUCUACAUCUUCAUGUUCUGGCACCUGUAAGCCAGUUGGGCUUCAUAUCUCGCCAAAUCUACAGACUAAAUUCCUAUUGGUUUAUUACAGAGAUUGAAGCUCUGCUGGCUCUUAGGGGGAAGAAAAUCCAUCCUGGGAGAAACUUCAAAGAAAAGGCGCCGUUCUGGUGUCUAGAUGAUUUGACAGAAGAAGAUGUCCGCAGCGUCAUGGCCAGAUCUGUUUGUGCAAAGUCUGCUUUUGAACUGUGGGGCCACGGGCGGACACACAGCGAGCUCAGAACAUCUUUACUGAACUACCCAGUGGAGAACAUGUCACCAUAUAUGCACAAAGACUCAACAUACAGAAUAAAUGUUUACACUUUCAACAAAACCCUGGAGUUUAGUGAAAGAAUUAAACGUAUUGAUGAAAUGGAAUAUCUUCCAUUUGAGGGUGUAGUAAGCCUAAAGAACCCUCAGCACAUCUUCUGUUUGCUGGAAGAUUAUGGCACUGACCCCAACAACAUCCCUGAGCAUCCAGAUUACAUAUAUUUUGGCCGAUGGAUAGCAGAUGGUCAACGUGAACUGAUUCGUUCGCACAGUGUGAAGAAGCGACACUUCAUAGGAAACACCAGUAUGGAUGCAUGCCUCUCAUUCAUCAUGGCCAACCAUGCUCGGGUCAAAGAGCACGACCUUGUCUUUGAUCCAUUUGUUGGUACUGGAAGUCUGCUGGUCGCAUGUUCUCAUUUCGGAGCCUAUGUGUGUGGAUCAGAUAUUGAUUACAACACUAUCCACGGCAAAGGGAGGUCAAGCCGUAAAAACCAAAAGUGGCGUGGACCUGAUGAAAACAUUCGAGCCAACCUGCGACAGUACGGAACAGAGAAGACGUUUGUAGACGUGAUGGUGUCUGACGCUUCCAAGCUUGUUUGGAGGAAGACCCCACUUUUUGAUGCCAUCAUUACCGAUCCUCCAUAUGGUAUACGUGAGUCUACAAGAAGAACGGGCUCCCAUAAAGACACUGGAAAACCUCCGGAUAGCAUCUAUGCUGAGUCACAUGUGGCUGUGUCACAGUCCUACCACUUGAGUGACAUCUUAGCUGACCUGUUAAACUUUUCUGCGCAUCACCUGGUCAAGGGAGGAAGGGUGGUCUACUGGCUGCCUGUUCAUCGGCCCGAAUACUGUGAGGAGAUGGUUUCCCUUCAUCCAUGUCUGCGGCUCAUUAGCAACUGUGAGCAGACGCUAUCAAGCCACACAUCCCGCCGCCUGAUCACCAUGGAGAAGGUCAAAGAACCCAAGGAUCUAGACAGCCAGGCGGACCCUCGCUUCUGCCCCUACCAGGGACACAACGGCUUCAGAGAGAAGUACUUCAGUGGAGUCAACAAGAGGCUUAACAAGGAGAACAAAUCUAAUGCCAAAGGAGACACAAUCAUUUGAGUCAUUAGGUACAUCUAUUUUCCAAAAAAGGGCUGUAAUGAAUAUUUUAGAAAGAUGAUAAUUCUUAGUUUGUUUUAAUACUAUUAGUGACAUAUACUGCACUUAAAUAUAUGCAAAGUGCUUUUUACUCACCGGGUAGUUAUUUGUAUUAGUUUACCUACACUACUGUAAACUACAACCACCAGCUUCAUAAUUGAACAUUAUCGUGUAAAGACAGAACUUGUUAAUGCAGCCAUUGUUUGGUAUUAAUUCCUGAUGUGGUUGGUGAGUGUAUUUUUUUUUUUUUAAUUUUUUAACACAUUUGAAGUUUGUUAUUUAUGCCUUCCACUAUUUGUUUAAUACAUGUACAAGAUUACCCUUUGAGUUUUUAUUAUGAAAAGCAAUUAACCCAUUGCCUAUAUCCGCUCAGUGUACACGACAAGUAGAAAAUAAACCAAUAUUGAA